CUGAUAAAAUUUUGUGUCAUAAUAUCUAAGCGCGUCUUGUUUUAUUUUACAUCCAUAUUUGGCGUCGUUGCCGGAGACGCUGUUUUUUACAGAGGAUAAGCACAGGUACCCUCUAUUCGGGCGGCAUAUUCGAUUAUUUUUGCGCUUUACAGCUCGUGUUCGCACUUUGUGGAUCGCCUUCUUUCGCUUUCAUCUGAAUCGCUUGUCAUUGGAGUCGGGACAAGCGGAGAUAAAUUAGUAAAUUAAACAAUAAGAAAGUAUAUUUAGUUUUUCAAGUGUAAAAUCUAGUGAAGUUCCAAAAGAAAAAAUGCUUCGCCGUCCAAUACUAGAAGUUGGCCCGUCUGGCAUGAUGGAUUUAGUCGGGUUCGAGGAGCCAGAUGUAGCCAAUACGGCUAGAUCGGAUGCAGUGCAUGUGUUGCCAGAUCGACACAUUGGCUUUCCGUGCCGUCAGUGCCAGCGGGCCGACUAUCGGGGACUUCGUCACUCGUGUUUUUUCUGCAAGGACUACCACCUAUGCGGUAACUGCUUCGCGAGCAACAACAGGCCGGAGUCGCCGCACCACAAAUAUUAUCACAUAAUGCAGGUGUUCUACACCCGCGCUGCGUACGAGCUGUACUUUGGCGGGGAGCCCUACACCGGCACCGGGGAUAGGCAGAGCUUACAGUGCGCCCUGUGCCUGGAGCUGGGAUUCACCAUCCAGACGCUGUACCAGCAUCUGCUGCAGUCGCACCGCGACCAUCCCGACCACAGGGAUUACGUGAUGAUGACCUAUUUGUACUAUGUCGACCGCUCGUCGGGGAAUGUGGCGCCUACACCUCCGACCGCCGCUGAUCUGCCUAAUCCUGGAUCUGUGGUGUUGCCAGACAGAGACGAAGACAAUGUGCCAAUUAUUGAGCUUGAAAUAUUAAGAUUGGCACAAGUAGAACCAGCAAGGAGCGCUAACCGUGAGGCAGCCACAGCCGCAGCCAGAUUGCCUGCCGCAGCCGCUGUCGCUGGCGCUGGGGCAAGCAAUACUGACAUGGACCAUGUGGCGCGUGCGUUACGAGAUGUGAGGGAUCAGCUGCUAAGUCUGGGCCCAAACAGCGAGGCAUACGAAUCGCUCUGCAUGGAACUGCUGAUGCGGGCCCGCUGCCUGCACGAACUGUAUGUCCUGAGCAACAAUAUAACAUCCGAUGUCGAUCGCCUCACUCGCCAGAUCGAGGGGGCGGCGUUUGCGCGCCUACAUGGGAGUCGGUCGACUUUCGUCCUAGGCGAAGUGCCAUUGCCAGCAGCCUCAUCUGGCUUAGUUCCACUCAUCCGGCAGCAGGAGCCUGCACCAACAGUUGCUGGUGGUCGUGCCGCCGCUAUGCAUCGACUUGAUCGUUUUCAACCAGACGAUGCAUUCCUCCAUCCAUCGAUGAACUGGGUGUUCCCCCGCCAUCAGUCCGGCAAUCAGUUUGUAUUUCGCGACAGCCAAGCCCCCGUAGCGGCACGCUACGAGAACCUCAACCGCUACGCGGUCUUACGCAGCACUCAUCAGGCUGAACGUGGACCCCAUGGCGACCAGGCCGGUCUGCCGAUAUGGAUUCCCAAGAGCACACAGACCGUGGCGGCAGCAGCAAAACCACCACCACCACCAGCACGAAACACGGGGGCCGCCAUCACAGAGUUGCCGGUUGACGUUGCCGAGCCGGUCCCGCCAGAGAAUCCAAUCGAUAAACUGGAUCUCAAUGAUGGUCGUUUUUUGUGCUCGAGACUGAAGGAACGUUUCGAGAAGAUGCUAGAAAAUACCGAAGAAGAAGGAAAGGUGGCCAAGGCCCGCUUCGUCGACGCUGUUUUUUGCUCCAUGCUAUCGGAGGAGGAUCUCACCUCAGUGCCAGUUGAUUUGCUCUUGAUGCAGGAGAUGGUCUCCACUGCCACAACUACUGUGGCUGCCAAUGAACCGAAGCCCCUGGAGGAGCCACUGACCGUUGCUUGUGGCGCGGAAGAGGGCCUCAACCAAUUGCCACGUUUGAUGCAGUUGGCCCAGAAUGCCAUCCAGGCCCCUGAGUCGGCAGUGGAUCCCAUGAUAAAGUAUUUCAACGGUCUCGUGGACUAUAAAAACUGGCUUGGCCGUUUAACCAUCUCCGUGGAAGCAAAGAAAGGAGCCACAGAGAUCGAAGCUAAGGAAGGAUCCAAGGAACCAGAGGCCCAGCCAACAUCCUCCAACCGAUAUCUAGAGAACAUACUGCAGAUCAUUUCAUCGGGCAAUAACGGUCAAGAUGGAGACGACGGCCCUAACGAUCAGAAUCCGAUUGCUUUUAUUGAUAGAAACGAUGGCGAUGACGAAGACGACGAAAGCAAUGACGACGAUAGCAACGAUAGCAAGAUGGGCAACGAUUUUGCCAACAAUGAGAAUGAUUUCAAUGGAAACGUGGCGGAUAACACCUAUCCCUACGAGAUUAAUAUUUUUGAUCAGCCGGAAGAACAUAAUCAGCAGCCAGUGGAGGACGGUCUGCCAGUAGCUCCAGCCAUCAUUGAAAGCGAGUUGUCGGGGUCCGAAGUAUCUUACGACGAAGAUGAGGAUCUGUACAAUGAUAAUAACGAUUAUGAAUAUUAUCUUUAAGAAGAUUGAAGAAAAACAUGACGAAAGCAAGAGAGAAGGGAGGGACAGGAGAAAGAAGGAAAACAAUACAUACAUAUAAAACACAUAAGAAUACUGAUUCUGGAACAGAAAAAAUAGCACUUCAAAACAUAUAAUACUCCACCAUUUCAAAGAAAUAUUCACCUUAAAGAACACGUGUAACAUACAUAUAAAUUGUACUGUUGUUAUUGCCGAUUAAAAUGAGUUCCUUUCAAAAUG